AUGUCAUCACCAGAAGCUGGCAUUCGUCUCUCCAUAAAUAUGAGGGAACGAGAUCGAAUGCACGAUCUGAACGAAGCUUUAGAUGAUCUUCGUGCAGUGCUGCCAUAUGCUCGUGGUGGUUCGGUGAGAAAACUCAGCAAAAUCGCUACAUUGCUACUCGCUAAGAAUCAUAUCAUUAUGCAGGCUAAAGCGAUCGAAGAACUUCGGCAGCUGGUUGCAACGUUGAGAGCGCAAGUCGAACAGAACACAUUUACCACCACCGAAAUCCCGAUGAGUAGUGAUUGA